GCUGUAGCCUCUUUCAGUUCCCGAGAUCAAUAUCAAGAAGCGGGAAGGCACAGCAGUGAAGCAUUGAGGUCGUUUGCUCCCCGGUGAACCCGCAUCACCGCAUGGAUCAUCUUGGUCAUUGAUCAAGCCCAAGGUGAUGGAAUGGGCCAAUGGUCUAAUGGCCCUAGGCCUGGGGAGCUGGGCCCUGUUCAAGCUCUCGCGUCCCUAUUUCUCGAGCCAUGUGGAGUGUUGGUUUUGCCAGGGUGACGCACACGUGGAUUUCUAUCAUCGACACUCUUGGCGGUGCCCACAUUGUCACCAAUACAACGGGUUCAACGCCGAGGGCGAUUACAACUGGCAGGAUCCCGACAAGUUCCGCCAGAUCCCAGAAUCUAGCCCUCCUCGACACGCCCCUCCGUCUAACGGAUUGUGUCGAUCGUGCAACUUGAAUCAGAGCCUCAAAACCCACCAGUUGGCCAAAUUUGAGCCGCGAUACGAGGCCAAUUAUGAUGCAGAAAUCGAGGCUUAUGCCGCCCAUCUUGAGAAGACCUAUCGACUCUGUCGGACCUGUGAAGCGAGUGUGUUGCAGACUUUGGGCGAGCAAGACUCGCAACUCAAGCCCAAGCUCUUGUCCUGGAAAUUGGAGGCCAACCGUCAGGCCAUGAAGCGAGCCCAAGAGAUCCUCAGAGUGGAUCUCAACCGACAAAAAUCCAACAACCUAGCAUUGGGUUUCAAUUUGAUAGCAUGGAUAGGUCUGGUAUGCGUUCACCAACUAUGGAUCCACACGACGGGUCCUCACCAGCCUUCAGGGGCGACCAAAUUCUCUUAUAUCCCAUUGGGCCUCAUUCUCGGAGCAUUCCUCCUGGCCUCGAUCUCAAACCUGUUUCUGGCCUCGGCGACGAAAUGGGCGCGUGCUCUGGUCCUUUCAUUGUUUCUGGCAUUGAGCAUCUUGGAGUUGUUGUCCAUUGGCCAUAUGGUACAGGGAUUAUGGCCCGUCACCUUUCUCCCGUGGAUCAUGGGGGCGAGUGGUUGCAGUUUGGGGCUCCCCAUGUUACAAGCUUGGCCUGGAGUCCGAAAACGUGGCCCUAAACUAGCCGCUUUACCUUACCAACCCAAUCUAUCCCGCUUCAAUCACGAGCUCGUGGAAGACACUGAGGAAACAAUGACCCAAGAUCUCAUCUCCAGUGCCACACCCACAAAGUCUCGAAAGGUGGAUUCUAUCCGGAGUCCGCACAAAGAGUCUAGGCCUGGAUCGCUACUCCCAGAACCCAUUUUGGAGAAGAACUUGAGUGACUUGUUGCAAAACCACGAGGUCCACAUUGAAGCCAGCUUGAACGGAGGCCAAUGUGAUAUUUCGGCCUUAAGCAUCGAUGGUAGUAGUAAUCACUCGCCGAGUCCGCCGAUUUCCAAAUCAAUGUCUCAGCCGCCCAACGCCCACAAUGGAUCAGUGUUUCAGCCACGGACUUAUUGUCCUCGCCCUUCUUUGGCAAUCAAUUUUGGCGGAAGAGACAUGGGACAGAGAGGUUCGAUUUUGAGACCGCCCACAUUCAAACCCAAGGGCGUGACGCGGACCUCGUGGGUGGCGGGCGGUUAUUGGCAGUCGAAAAAUCCGAACCAUUUGCCCUUGGGCGCGGCCGACGACAUAUCACGCUCUUCAAGUCAAACCUCCGGAUUUGUGUCCAAUACUGGCGGACCCAACGGAUUGCCCUUCGGCUCUAGUUUACCCAAUUCCAGAACCAAUUCACUGUUUGGUGACGACCGCAAUUCCGUUUUGUCGGCGCCCGUGUUCAAACCGACCAAUUUCCCGCCCCGCCCCAAUUCUACCCUGGAUCCGAAUCCCCUUGGCUUUGGUCGUCAACAGUUUUCGCCACAUCAUCCGGUUUUUAGCAAUCUAUCCCAAACGAGAGCGAACAGUCAAGCAGCGGAUAGUAGUUUUGACUCUGACUUUGAUCGGUUGACUCAAAGCGCGUUUGACGAGCUGAAGCCCAAGGCCAAAAGCUCGCCCAUUCCUGUGCCGGACCAACGGGAAACCUUGGACAAGAGUCCUGGACGAUCUGUACUGGAGAGACAGAUACAACUGAACUGUUCGGUCCAGUCUCUGUUGUUUGGAUUGAGCAUCGUAAUCAAUGUGGGAGUGGCCGGUUAUAUCGCGUGGCAAAACAUUUAUUGA